AUGUCCGUGUUGCUCGAGACCAGCGUCGGCGACAUUGUCAUUGACCUGUUGGUCAAGGAAGCCCCAAGGUCUUGCGAGAACUUCCUGAAGCUCUGCAAGAUCAAAUACUUCAACUACGCACCCGUCCAUUCCGUCCAACGCGAUUUCUCCUUCCAGACGGGCGAUCCCAUCGGCCCCGAUUCCAAGGACAGUGACGGAGGCACCUCCAUUUGGGGCGUGCUAGACCCCAGCGACCCCUCCAAGAAGACGUUUGCACCCGAGUUCCACCCGAGGCUCAAGCAUGUCGAAAGAGGCACCGUCAGCAUGGCCACUGUGCCUUCGACCGCCGAUCCCGAUGCGCGCCUGGCCGGAAGCCAGUUCAUUGUUACGCUUGGCCAGAACUUGGAGUACCUAGAUGGCAAGUCUGCCAUUUUCGGCACCGUGGUAGAAGGCUUCGACGCGCUAGAGAAGGUCAAUACCGCCUUCAUUGACAGUAACGGAAGGCCGUUGAAGGACAUAAGAAUACGGCACACUAUAGUCCUCGAUGACCCGUUCCCCGAUCCUUCUGGCUUGCUUGAGCCGCCAGAAAGCCCUCUGCCCACUCAGGCGCAGUUGGCGACCGUGCGCAUCAGAGAUGACGAGGAGCUGGAUGAGAACAUGGAUCAAGAACAGGUGGAGAGAAUGCGGCGGGAGAGAGAAGCCCGUGCCCAAGCCCUAACCCUCGAAAUGAUGGGAGACCUGCCGUUUGCUGAGGUCAAGCCGCCCGAGAACGUUCUCUUCGUUUGCAAGCUCAAUCCCGUCACCCAAGACGACGACCUGGAGCUUAUCUUUUCUCGCUUCGGCAAGAUCAUGUCAUGUGAGGUCAUCCGCGACAGGCAAACUGGCGAUAGCUUGCAAUACGCCUUCAUCGAGUUCGAGGACAAGAAAUCCUGCGAGCAGGCAUACUUCAAGAUGCAGGAUGUGCUGAUUGACGACCAUCGCAUCCAUGUGGACUUCUCCCAGAGCGUCUCGAAACUCUCAAACGUGUGGCGUGACGCCACGAAUGCUAAGCGUCAGCGUGCACAUGGAGGCGGCUUCGGCGGUGUCGCGAGUCUGGAAAAGAAGAGGCAAUACCGCGCCGAGUACCCAGAUGAGCGCGAUAGGGGCUCCAAGAAAUAUGGUUUGGUCUUCGAUAAGAAUGACGGGCGCCGCCAGCGCGAUAGGAGCAGAAGCCCUCGGGGAGACAGGGACCGGAGACCGGACUAUCGCGAUAGCGAUAGGCACCGCGGUAGAGAUGACCGUGAUGACCGUAGAAGAGAACGCAGCCGUGACAAGUACCGCGAUGACCGCAGGCGUGAUAGGAGCGGAGACCGCUACGGGCGAGACGAUCGAGGCCGGGACUACGAUAGGCGCAGAUAA